AUGGCGCUGCUCGAGAGACUACAAAGACGCGCAACGGACGUAGGACUGUUGCCAUGGCUCGUGCAAUUGCUGCCGCGACUUGCACUUCUAAGUGGCCUUGUGGGACUGGCAUGGUUGGCUCUAUGGCUACCAUUAGAAGGCAACUACAGGCACACAUAUAUUUCUGAAAACGCAUUGAUGCCAUCGCAGGCCUAUAGUUAUUUCAGAGAGACCGAAUGGAACUUAUUGCGUGGGUUCAGAACGCAGAUAAAGCAACUGGUCAACGAAACUAGCAGCUCCAGAAACGAGAUUGUGGGCUCCUGGCUCGAAGAAAUUGGCGUGAAAACUGCGAUCCACACGGAUUCCGACAAUGGCGACACCCUGUAUGGCGUGUUGCACGCUCCUCGAGGUGAUGGAACCGAAGCUAUGGUCUUGGCAGCACCUUGGCACAACGGCGACGGCGAUUUCAACCUUGGUGGGACUGCUUUAGCCACGGCUCUAACAAGGUAUUUUUCACGCUGGCCGCUAUGGUCCAAAAAUAUCAUUGUGGUGUUUAGCGAAGAUCCCAAAGCCAGUCUUCGUUCCUGGUGCAACGCUUAUCACAGUUCUUUGGAUUUGACAGGGGGCUCCAUUGAGUCUGCUGUGGUACUGGACUAUCCAGGUGCGAAUGAUUUCUUCAAGUAUGUCGAAAUUUAUUACGCAGGCCUCAAUGGCGAGUUACCCAACUUGGAUCUCGUCAACGUCGCUGUACAUGUUACGGAGCAUGAAGGAAUGCCUGUUUCUAUCAAUGGAAACCCAGAAUCUGAGAUAGGCGACAGCGAUUUCUACGCUAAGAUGCGGAAGAUGCUACUCGGAGUCCAAAAAAUGGCGCUUUCAGGCGUCCAAACCUGCUAUGGUAAUGAAGCGUUCAGUGGAUACAGAAUCCAAUCUCUGGUAGUCAAAGCGCGCGGAACAGGGGGUCCCUUUGACAUCACUACCUUUGGUAGGAUUCCAGAAGCCAUGUUUCGGUCUGUUAAUAACCUGCUUGAAAAGUUCCACCAAUCGUUCUUUUUUUAUUUGCUUCUGGCUCCUCGGUACUUUGUAUCAAUAGCAAGCUAUCUACCGGCAGCAGGAGCAUUUUCUGUCUCUUUCAUUCUUGCAGGCUUAGACAACUAUUUGAACUCCGCUAAAGGACUGUCAUCAACCUCGAAUUCUUCUUAUUACAGCGUCGUUACCAUUCUCGCUUUUGUGGUGUCUCUACUGGCCGCGUUCACAUUGUCACAAGUUUUCCUACAAUGGACUAAACCACUAGUCCUGGUUACUAUCUCAUUGCUUGUAUCUUCUGUGCCUUUAUUGCCCAUAAAAUCCAAAUUCACCACGGUAUACGCGUACCGAUUCAAAUCUAUUGCAUUCAUGUACUUGAGUGUCGUCCUGACCUCGCUUCUAGUAGUGAAUUUUGCGUUAGCGUUUGGUAUUGGUCUGUUGGCAUUUCCUAUGAUUUUGAUCAAAAAUACUAAUAGCCUAAAACUUCGUUUCAAGAAUUCAUUGAUGCUUAUGGCUACCAAUCCGUUUGUCUGUACCUGCAUUUUUGCUAACGUCUUCGAAGCGCGGCUUCAAGGACUUGUGGUUAUUGAGCGCCUCAUUUCGGCAUGGACGCAGCUUGGCUGUUGGUCUUGGUUCGUUAUAUGUAUCGGAUGGCUUCCUGUGUGGCUCAUGGUAGUCUUUUCGAGUAUCCCAAGCGCUGACGAGAGACGUAGCGUCCAGUCUGCCAAUGCCAAGAAACUACAGUGA